UUUUUAAAUUAAGAUUUAAUCAAUCUUAAAGCAGAAUAUUGUGCCAUAUCACAGAGUGCUCAUGCUUUUGAACCAGUUCCUGGAAAGUCAGAGUAAACUUCUCCCUCUGCCAGAAAAAUCAGUUUAAAUUUAUGUCCUGCAGAUUUCUGAUCUAUAAGAUCAUAUCCAACAAUAAAUCAAGGUAACAAGUGUUGUAUAAUUUUCAAACAUAUGCUGUUCUUUGCACCACUUAGGGCUAGAGACUUUUUGUAAACAAAGGAAAGCCGACUAAACAUCACAUGACAUCCCACUGAGGAUACAGCAUGGUAUCCCCCCACAGUAUGUUGACAUCAACUGAUUGGAGGCUAUUGUGGGACACUAUAUGUCAGGGGAUGCUUGGUCGCUGCCUUCUGCCCCCUGCAUUGCACAAUACUUGAUUGGCACUCACCCCCUUAGAGGAGGAGUUAGCUGCAUGUCUCUUUCAGCUGGGGUGACGGCCGCUCUCUCUCUCUCCUGCUCCAGUAACUGGAGGCACAAGUUCCUUCUUCCCCGGCCUCAACUUCAUUUUUCAGAAGGUCUGGCUGUUUUCUGCUGCCACAGCCAUGGCACCCAAAAGAGCAAGGCGACCAAAAAGAGUAAAGGAGACAUAAACGAUAUGACCAUAAUGGUUGAGAACAGCCCAAUCAACAAGAUUAAUGGGCUAAACACUCUAUUAGAAGGAGGAAAUGGCUUCAGCUGCAUUUCAACCGAAGUCACUGAUUCAGUUUAUGCCCCAAACCUCCUGGAGGGUUUGAGCAUCAUGAGACAGGACAGCUUCCUCUGUGAUCUAACAGUCGCCACCAAAUCAAAGUCAUUUGACGUCCACAAAGUUGUCAUGGCCUCGUGCAGCGAAUACAUCAGAAACAUCUUGAAGAAGGAUUCAACCCUCCAGAAGAUCGACCUGAAUGACCUCUCACCAGUCGGCCUCGCCACUGCAAUUACAUAUGCAUACUCAGGAAAGCUCACCCUGUCGCUCUACAGCAUCGGCAGCACCAUCGCUGCAGCCAUGCUGCUGCAGAUCGGCACCUUAGUGAAGAUGUGCAGCGAUUUCCUCAUGCAGGAGCUCAGCGUGGAGAAUUGCAUGUAUGUGACCAAUAUCGCCGAUGCCUACGAUCUCAAGGAAACCAAGGAGGCCGCUCAGAAGUUCAUGCGCGAGAACUUCAUCGAGUUUUCUGAGAUGGAGCAGUUCCUGAAGCUCACCUAUGAGCAGAUCAGCGACUUCCUCUCGGACGAUUCACUGCAGCUCCCCUCUGAGGUCACAGCCUUCCAGAUCGCCAUGAAAUGGUUGGACUUUGAUGAGAAGAGGUUGAAGUACGCAGCAGAUCUCCUGACUUACAUCCGCUUCGGCACUAUUUCUGCCCAAGAUCUGGUGAAUCACGUCCAGAGUGUUCCUAGAAUGAUGCAAGACCCCGAGUGCCACCGUCUCCUUGUUGAUGCCAUGAAUUACCAUCUGCUGCCAUACCAACAGAACAUCCUCCAGUCACGCAGAACAAAGGUACGCGGAGGCCUCAGAGUGAUCCUCACAGUUGGUGGACGCCCUGCCUUGACAGAGAAAUCCCUCAGCAAAGACGUCCUCUACAGAGAUGCAGAUAACGUGUGGAAUAAGUUGACAGAAAUGCCAGCAAAGAGCUUUAAUCAGUGUGUGGCUGUGCUGGAUGGCUUCCUGUAUGUGGCAGGUGGUGAGGACCAGAAUGAUGCAAGGAACCAGGCUAAACACGCUGUUAGCAACUUCUGCAGGUAUGACCCCCGCUUCAACACUUGGAUUCACUUGAACAAUAUGAUCCAGAAGCGCACCCACUUCAGCCUCAACACUUUCAACGGCCUCCUGUUUGCCGUCGGAGGCCGAAACGCCGAUGGUGUUCAGGCCUCCAUGGAGUGCUACGUGCCCUCGUCAAACCAGUGGCAGAUGAAGGCUCCCAUGGAGGUACCUCGCUGCUGUCAUGCCAGCUCAGUUAUCGAUGGCAAGAUCCUGGUAUCUGGAGGUUACAUCAACAACGCCUACUCCAGAGCUGUGUGCUCCUACGACCCGUCCACUGACACCUGGCAGGAUAAGAGCAGUCUGAGCUCGCCUCGAGGCUGGCACUGCGCCGCCACCAUUGGAGACCGAGCCUAUGUGAUUGGUGGCAGCCAGCUAGGAGGUCGUGGGGAGAGGGUGGAUGUCCUGGCCGUCGAAUCUUACAACCCUCACAACGGGCAGUGGAGCUACUGCGCACCUCUGCACACGGGGGUGAGCACAGCUGGCAUUUCCAUUUCGAACAACAAGGUCUAUCUCCUCGGGGGCUGGAACGAGGGUGAAAAGAAAUACAAGAAAUGCAUUCAGGUUUACAACCCUGACCUCAAUGAAUGGACUGAGGAUGAUGAGUUGCCAGAAGCUACAGUCGGCAUUUCAUGCUGUGUUGUCAACAUACCCACACGGAAAACACGAGAGUCCAGAGCCAGUUCAGUCUCAUCUGCACCAGUCAGUAUAUAAAGGUUCUGAUGACAGCAAUGAUUUAGUUUAUGUGCCUAAAGGUCUCCAGCUUGUCUGUUGCAUAAUCUUGGUUGAUGACUCUGUUACGAAUUGAUCAUCAACUUUCUUUAUAUUAACAAAAGUUAACAAAAGGUUUGCAAGGAUUACUAAUUUGGGAACAUUUUCUUGUAAAAUAUUUUUAAAGCUUCAUUUAUUUGAAGCCACUUAAUUUGAAAUCAGAAAGAAUUCAAUAGUCACAUUUAAUAACUAGCAUAUAUGGCUUUGUUAAAGCCAGAUAAUGAUUAUUCUUAGAAAAAUGUAAUUCUGGGGCCAAUUUAGCAGGGAUAAUUCAUUAAUCCUACUUCUACUAAAGCACAAAUUAAAAGUAUUUGAAAAACUGCAAAAAUUAGUCUUUAAAUUCAUCUGGAACAUAAUGUCUUUGUUCUGUUUAACCCAUUACCAUAGAAGUUAUUCUGGAUUUUGCGACAGUCCUGUUUUUGGGGACUAUAGUUACUGUGAUUCUCACAUUACUUGAACAGAAUAAGAAGCUGAAGCUGGAAUAAGUCAAUAAGUGUUGGUUUCACCUACUGGGAGUAGGUGGUUGUGAUAAGUGUUUAAACACACCACACAGUAAGGCUGCAGUUUCUCUACACGUGUCUCUUGUGCAGCUCUCAGUAGUAUUGUGCUGCUUGUUUGUGUCAUCAUCAUCUAACACUAUCCAUGUGAGCACAACAGUCUGUUAGGAAAAUGUUGGAAUGAAGAAGGUUGAAUGGGUUGAGAAGUGACAGCAAUAAACUAUUUUGUAAAAAAAAAGAAAAAUACAUCUGGGGAAUGACGUUCAGAGCCUGAGCUUUCCUGGAAGUCAGUACUCGUGAAUUCCCUGACUGCUCAUGUCUUUCCAUUUUUUGUUUUUAAAUUAAAGAAAUGAAAUGUAA